AAUACCUCAUCCGGCGCCAUCCAUCCACAGGCGACUGACGCGGCGUCAGGUGGCGGUGCUCCGCGGCGUCCCCCCGCGCGUGAAACACACGACGCGCAUUUGAUUGGAGUGGCUUUCCGUGCGAGAGGCGGAACCUUGGCGCGCGUUUCACGUCCCACUUUGGAGAAGAUUUCCAGAAGAACUGAGUGGGAAACACAUGAGAGACGGAGGAGGACGCGGGACGGACGCAGCAGAGCCGUGUGGAGCUAUUUGGAGUUGGCGGAGGACCGGACCCAUCUCCGAUCCCUACAGGAGCAUUCAACAAGCUUCAAAGGCCUGGCAUUUUCAUUGAGCGCAUCCUUACGCUCAGGCGGAGAAGAACAGAAGAAUGAGUGAGGACACGCCAGCAGAGACUUUGGAAAGUGCCCCUGCUGAGGGCAAUGCCAUCCCUAAUGGGAAAGGACACGAUGCAGGAGAAGAGAUCACAGCGUCGGCCAAAACAGCAGAUGACGCUGAAAAUGCCCAGGAUUCAAGUCCCAACAGAAUGGCCAAUAAUGAUGGCGGUUUAACUGAAGGUCAGGAGUUUCUGGAGGAUAAGAAAACGACAACAUUCACAGAUUUUGAAGGAAAAACCUCGUUUGGGAUGUCAGUGUUCAACCUGGGAAACGCCAUCAUGGGCAGCGGAAUUCUGGGACUCGCAUAUGCAAUGGCCAACACUGGCGUGCUGCUCUUUUUGACGCUUCUCACCGUGGUGGCCGGCCUCUCAUCAUAUUCUAUCCAUCUACUACUGAAGUCAUCUGGUAUUGUAGGUAUUCGUGCGUACGAGCAGCUUGGCUACAGAGCUUUUGGGACCCCUGGGAAGAUGGCGGCAGGUAUCGCCAUCACGCUGCAGAACAUUGGAGCCAUGUCCAGUUACCUGUACAUAGUCAAGUACGAGUUUCCUCUGGUCAUCCAGGCCUUUCUUCGAGUGGACAAACCCGCUGGUGAAUGGUAUCUGAAUGGAAACUACCUGGUGAUCAUCGUAUCUGUUGGUGUCAUUUUGCCACUGGCGCUCAUGAAACAACUUGGCUACCUUGGAUACACCAGUGGCUUCUCCCUCAGCUGCAUGGUCUUCUUCCUCAUUGCGGUGAUCUACAAGAAGUUUAACAUUCCAUGUCCAUUUGUGGACUUUGCCAUGAAUGGCACUGCCAGCGUGCUGAAUGUCAGCGCCACAGAUACCGGAGGGGAGGACAAUCCCGCUUGCAUUCCCAAAAUGGCUAACCUCAACUCACAAACGGCCUACACCAUUCCCAUCCUGGCCUUCGCCUUUGUGUGCCACCCCGAGGUCCUGCCCAUCUACACAGAGCUGCGCAAUCCCAGCAAGAAAAAGAUGCAGCACGUUUCCAACAUCUCCAUCGCAGUCAUGUACAUCAUGUACUUUCUGGCUGCUCUUUUUGGAUACCUUACUUUCUACGGGGAAGUGGAAGCUGAGCUGCUUCACACCUACAGUCGCAUUGACCCAUAUGACACACUGAUUUUGUGUGUGCGUGUAGCUGUCCUAACUGCUGUCACUCUCACUGUGCCCAUUGUUCUCUUUCCUGUGCGGAGGGCAAUCCAGCAGAUGAUGUUCCCCAAUAAAACCUUCAACUGGCCACGCCACGUCGCCAUCGCCAUGGUCCUCCUCACGUUAAUCAACAUGCUGGUCAUCUUUGCUCCCAAUAUUCUUGGCAUCUUUGGGAUCAUUGGUGCUACAUCGGCCCCCUGCCUUAUCUUCAUCUUCCCUGCCAUCUUCUAUAUUCGUAUUGUUCCCAAAGAAGAGGAGCCGAUGCGCUCAGUUCCUAAAAUCCUGGCCGCGUGCUUUGCUGGGAUUGGCUUUCUGUUCAUGAUCAUGAGCUUGAGCUUUAUCAUCAUCGACUGGACCUCAGGCUCCAGCAAAGCCAGCAGUGGUCACUAGACAACAACCCUCUUCAGUUUCAGGUUUUCUGUUCUUGAUAUGACCUGUGUCGUAUUGUUACUGCUGUGUUACGUUUGAAAGAUGCCCGUUCAAAAACCUCAGCUGCACACAUUUGUGUAUCGCAUCGCUCAGCCUCGGCACAAACCAUGCCAGUAUCACAUUUCAUAGUACUGUUCAUCUGGCGCAACGUGACGGACAAAUCCAGGCCAGUGAGGCUGUGCGUCUUUGAUAAGUCGCCAGAUUCAUACAUAUCCUCAACUCUCAGUUUUCAACAGAAUGGACAGCAUAUGAAUUGGCAUGAAAAAAAAAACAAAAGCCGGAUUAACAUCACUGCACAUUGUCACUAUAUUGUCUUUAAUGGGACGGGAAUGGGUUCUCGAACAAGAGCAAGCAUUGAGGCAGCAGCCAGGGCGAGCGGCCACUCAUGAUAAUGGUUUGUUUUACAAAGAGGGAGAGAGUUUAAAAGGACUUUUAUGAUGCGGUGGUGUGAAGAAAAGGGGCAGAUUAGAGGCCUUGCUGGGUGCAAGUGGCCAGUAAACCACCAGUCCAGUGCUGCUUUUUAGAAGAGCCCCUCUUAGGCAGCCCAUUUUGCCAACAAGCAGAUGUUUUGUCUGUUAAAUGCUACUCAGGUGAGGAUUAAAUGAUAUCAAAGAUGGCAUUUUAAGCUAAGGCCUCGCACACGUGGAUAUUGGGACACUUUCUGUGCAUUUCUGUUCCACUUGGAAAAGCAUAACCUAGAGCACAAUAGAGUCAGAAGCUGCUGCCUCCACCUCCGUGUUUUACAGUGCGAACGUAGCGUGUCAACCUGAAUCCACGGCGGUGGUAUCGUAGGGAGGUGCUUCAGAUCGACGCAGAAUAAUGUCAGUGUCCAAAACCAUGAAUGCUCACUUGUCCUACUAGUGUGGCCCUGUGAAGGAAGGAUGAACCGACAUGACAUGUCGGCUGCUGAGAGGACGCGUCUGUCCACUUGUAAAUGCUGCGUAGAAUGGUGACUAAAAUACAUAUGCCGUAGCAGACUUAUGAAGAACUAUUUGUCUAUAUGUAGUCAACUGCACAUCAUGUGAAAUGAAUACAUUCGAUUAUUUUCUGUCUGCAUGAAGUAUAGAGUAAACGCUGUUUUAGUGACCUCAUGAAUUGGACGAUACAGGUCAGGCUUUCCUCCUUAGUGUUACUCAUUUAUGAGCAGGGAUUAGUUGUGGCUAUGGCUUAAGUCAAAGUAAUUAAAACAGGGUCAUCUCAUGAACCUUAACUAGACAGGUGUAUGUCUGUAAACAUUUCUGCCUUCGAAAGCACCAUCUGCUGUUUCAAAAACGGUCAGACCUAGAAGUACAGUUAGCAAUAGCACUUUCUGUGAUAAGCACAACUUCCUGUGGCCGCGAUGACACUAAAAACCGACGCAGAAAACAAUGAGGAAUUAACAGAUUUAACUGAUGUGACUUAAAGUCAUAAUGCUUUUAUAAAAGUUUUAUAUAUAAAUAUAUAUAUAUAUUAAUCCAGUUAUUGAAAUGACAGAAGUGUAUUCAAGGUAAACUAUAUGGAUGUUGUUGCAAACAUUACUUGAAAUAACAUGAAAGUUGUUGUUCUUGUGAGUCGCUGCGAUCAUUUGUUGGUUUGAAAACGACUAAUAAAUCACAUGCACAGUUGGAGAUUCAUCAACGUAAGAAAACAACUCUAUUUUGAUUUUACUACCUAUGUGUGUUACGUGUGUCCUAUUGAUGGAGUUGCUGUUUCUAAAUCAAAUCAAAGUGUCUGACUUUUGUAUUCAUAUACUUUAUAGUUUUUGUCAUCUGUGGUAUCGUCGGGCCAUUUCGCAGUUGGCUUCAUGUUUAUGUCACAAGUCCUCAAUGUCAUUUAAUGAGGAGCAUUUCACAACGGACAUCUUCACGUUAGUCUUUUGUUGUGUAGCUACUGGGUUACCUUUGUGUAUCUGUAUGCAGGUGGAGUCAGUUAAGUCUACCACUGGUGUGUAACCGAGUGUUUGAUGUACAAAAACAAAAAAGAAAAAAUACAGGUUUUGUAUUUUCCUGUCUUCCUGUUUGACCUCAAUCAUACAUGUAUGACAACAUCUUUGCCUUUGGAAAAACGUUGCAUAGAUAUAUGGAGAUGAAGUCUUGCAAUUGAUAAGCAGCAAAACAUAAUAAUGUAAGAGGAUAAGAGAUUGUGUCCUACUUUGUGUGAUUUAUUGCAAUCUGUGUGAUUGAUUGGUAACAAAUCAUAGAUAUUGUUGAUGUUGGCCAGCAUUUUUUAAAUAGUGUAUAUAAGUGUAUAUCCUUUAUAUUCUAUAUGCAUAUCUAGUUUGUAUAAAGUAAAAAAAAAACAAGUAUAGUUUUAGUCCAACGAAAGAAAUGUAAUAAUUUUCAAAGUGCUUUUAAACCCUGUCCUUCGAUUCAUGUCUAUUUUCAUGUAUCUCUAUAUAUUUUAAUAUGUUGCUGGCAGAUAUUGUACUGGGAACAAUGUGGCAAUAAAGAAAAAUACUACAA